AUGCGUUUUAAGGAAGUUGGGCUUGACUUCAAAUCCGCAUAUGGCGAGGCAACAUUGGAGACACCACUUCGAUCACUAGAGAGAUCAGCAUCACAAGUUUUUACCCUUGACAUCUAUUUGCUAAUAAAACCAGUGCUUGCAAGGGCUGGUGCGGUGAGGGUUAUCUCUUGCAACGAGACAUUUACUUGUGAUAUCUACACGGUGAGUAAUUGUGGUGUUGCACAGAAACAAUGGCAUGUGUCUCACUAUGAACCUACAUCCUUGUUCAGUUGCUCUUGCCUUAGGAUGGAAUCUUUUGGGUUACCAUGUACUCACCUCAUAGCUGUUCUUGUGCAUUUGAACAUCCUAGAGUUCCUGAAAUGUUUGAUACUGCGUAGAUGGACAAAGGCUGCAAAGCAAUUUAUUCGAACAGAGGAUAAUCAUGAUGGUCAUGACAAUUUCUUUUGGGAGUCACAGAAGGCAUGCCAAUAUGCAUCAUUAGUUGAUCAUUGUCAAAACAUGUCGAAGAUGUCACUUGUUACUGAUGUGGACUUUGAGGAGACAAAGAAUAUGGUUAUAAAACGAAUCAUGGACUUGAAGGCUAAACACUAUAAUGUGUGUACGCAAAAUGAACAUGCAUCAAACCCGAAUGCAACCACUCACAAUGGUAAUCCAGUACUGCUGAAUCCUGCAUCCCGGGUGAGAGAUGCUGAUGUUCAUCCAAAUGGGACCAGAGUCCGGCGUGUACAAAAAUGCAGUCACUGCAAAACAUCUGGUCAUAACAUUGUGUCAUGUCCAGAAUUGAGGAAUAUCGCUCGUAGUCAAGAUAUUUGA